AUGUCCACCGUACAGGAAACUCGCGUUGAAGACCACUUCAACAAUUGGCCUAAUGUCAAAGGCUUUGACGCCAACUACGAGGAGAAAACACCCAUUGAGCUCCCCGUCGAAGGCCAGAUUCCCGCCUACGCAGCUGGCUUCCUCUACCGCACUGGACCAGGCAGAUAUAAGGUCGACACCGUCAAUGGAGAGACAUUUCACGUCAGCCACUGGUUCGAUGGUUUCAGUGAAACUCACCGAUUCCAGCUUCUAGCUCCAAACGACACCCACCCAUCAGUGCGCGUCUUGUACAACUCCCGCUUCUCUACCGACGCUCUCAUCGAGAAUAUAAGACAGACCGGUGAAAUGCACAAAUUCAGCUUCGGCCAAAAGCGAGACCCCUGCAAGGUCGUAUACCAAAAAGUCCAAACGGAGUACGAGCCCGAUGAGACUCCCAAUCCGUCGACCGCCAACAUCGGAGUCACUCUGAGCAUCAACAUGCCAGGCCUCAGUGAUACCUCCAACAACAAUCACCGCUGGGACACCUCUUCCGGGAUCAAAACCCUGCACGCCAAAACCGACCUCAACGCCUUCAAGCAACUCAACCCAGAAACCCUAGAACCCAUCAGCCUCGCCAGCCAGCAGAACCUGCACCCCGACCUGAAAGGUUCCGAGACAGCCUCACACGCCCGCUCCGAUCCCAAGACCGGCGACGUCUUCAACUACAACCUGGACCUUGGCCCGGAGUCUACCUACCGCGUCUUCGGCACCUCCGCAUCCACCGGCGAAACCACCAUCCUGGCAACCUUCCCCGCAACCCCAGCCUACCUGCACUCCCUCCUCAUCACCGAAGACUACGUCGUGGUCUGCGUCUGGAACGCUCACAUCUCCACCGCCGACCCCGACUCCGGCCCCAAGAGCUUCCUCGACUCCAUCAAGCCCUUCGACCCUUCCCUCCCAGCAACAUGGUACGUCGUCGACCGGACGGGCAAGAAGGGUCUCGUCGCCACAUACACCAGCCGCCCGUUCUUCUGCUUCCACACCAUCAACGCCUGGCAAGAAACAAACCAGGAUGGUGAGACCGACAUCGUCGCCGAACUCGUCACCUUCGACACGGCAGACUUCAUGCACAAACUCUACUACGAAAACCUCCUCUCGGACUCUCCCCACCCUAAACCCAGAACAGAUGCCACUUGCUCCUCUGUCUCCCGCUUCCGCCUCCCUGCUGUUCCUUCCUCACCCAACCCUGAAUCUCAUGAGCUGCCCGAAGCCCUUCUCGAAUCCGCCUCCUGUAAAUCCCUCUCCCCCGAACUCCCCACCAUGCACCCCGCCUACGUCACCCGCAAACACCGCUACAUGUACGCUGUCGCGGACACGGGGAAAUCUACCCUCUUCGACAGUAUCAUCAAGUUCGAUAAUGAGUCCGGUGAGACGAAGGUGUGGUGCCAUCAUGCUCAGUCUCCUGGAGAGCCCAUCUUCGUUGCGAAUCCCGAUGGUGUAGAAGAGGACGAUGGGGUGUUGCUUAGUGUAGUGUUGGAUGGGAUGACGGGGAAGAGUUACUUGCUUUGUUUGGAUGCGAGGAGUCUGGUGGAGUUGGGAAGGGCGAGGGUGGCUGGGCCUGUGCCGUUUGGGUUUCAUGGGCAACAUGUUCCGGCUAGGGGAUUGCCGACGGGGGAGUAUUAG